CUGUUCUAAAAUCAGAACCAUCUCUGCUCCUUCAGCCUGGGUCAUGGGAUGAAGUCAACACAGCCAGAGUCAACAUGCAGCAGACACACAGCGAACUUCCACCUUCGGAAAAGAAAGUCCAACGUACCCACCAAGUUCCUUUUGGCCAGACCUGAGAGCGCGCAGGUGACGUCAUCGCGACGGUGCGCGCUCCUGCGUCUCGAAGGACGUGUUGCGUCUUUACCAAUGAGACGGAGGGGGCGGGGCGACUCCCGUAGCCACCAACGGGUUUUCCCGCUAGCACCCAAGUGCGUACUGGCACGCCCCCUCGUGUUCCCUGGCUUUGAGGCCCAUCCCUGCGUCGCCCUUUGUCUAUCAUCAUCCUGGAUCAGCGCGUGCGCCCAACUCCCUGCCUUUCUCUGCGGCAGGCGAAGGGCGACGCCUCCAGGUAAAACUGAGGAGCUGCAGGAGGCGGACUCUGCGCAGGGCCAGUGGUGCCGGAGCCGUCAUAGCUCUUGGCCACCCGGGGCGGGUGCGAUGGCGGAGGAGCAGAGGUGCGACAGCGUGGGAUCCGAGCCUUGCUCUGAGGCAGCGGCGACUGCGGAACCUAAGGUGUCUUCAUCGAAGACCGCCGAAGUUGUCGCAAGAUCGUCGAAGCCCGAGGACUACAGUAGCAAGUGCGUGUUCUGCCGGAUCGCGGGGCGGCAGGAACCGGGUACCGAGCUCCUGGACUGUGAGAAUGAAGACCUAGUUUGCUUCAAAGAUAUCAAACCAGCAGCACCUCAUCAUUAUCUUGUGGUGCCAAAGAAGCAUAUUGGAAACUGCAGAGAGCUAAAGAAAGAUCACAUAGAACUGGUUGAGAACAUGGUAACUGUUGGAAAAAGCAUUCUUGAAAGGAAUAAUUUCACUGACUUCAAAAAUGCGAGAAUGGGUUUCCAUAUGCCGCCUUUUUGUUCCAUUUCCCACUUGCACCUUCAUGUUCUGGCACCUGUCGAUCAACUUGGCUUCUUAUCAAAAUUGGUUUAUAAAGUGAAUUCCUAUUGGUUUAUCACAGCUGAUUGUUUGAUUGAAAAACUAAGAACAUGAAAAUGUCAACAGUGGAAGAUUUUCCUAAUCUUGGCUCAACAUAAACUAAUAUUUUGGUCCCUUUGAAGUCUAAUUGCCAUUGUAAGAUUUGUUGGGUUUUAUGAGAGGCUAUUACUGGGUAGCCUUAAAUCUUUUUUGAAUGUUUCUUGAGAUCUGUGAUACAGUUACAUGGAUACUUUGUCACUAACUUCUUUGUUUUAAUGGUUACAUGUCUAAGGUAUAAGAUACUGUAGAUAAUAUCCCAUUAAAACAAGUUCUGUUAAUCAGGGAGGGCUCUAUUUUCUUUUUUAAAAGUUCAAAUGUUUUCAUUUUUCCAGUAGUCAAUUAUAAUCAUGAUUUAUUUAUGAAGAAUAAACUGAUAUAGAAAGUACUUUGCCGAUUUUGUUGGAGCCUUUAUUACUAUAAAGGGGGGAAAAGUAACCAUUUCUUGACAGUUCUGUAAUUUUACACAUGAAAUUUAAAAACAAAGAGUACCAUACUACAUAGUGAGCUCUGUUCUUGUUGCUGGAAAGAAUUGUAUAUGUAUUCCGUUUUACUCAGAUUUCGGGUGCUGGUUUUCACUUCUGAAAGCCUAAUGUUUUUGUAAUAAAUUGAAAGCUAUAUAAUAUACGUAAAGUAAUUUCUAAUGGUGAAUUUACAAGAACAAUCAACUUGGUUAUCCAAGAGAAGUUGCUGUAAUGGAAUUUUACCUGUAAGAGCAUAAAUGGGGAAGAAAUACAAAGUGGUUAUAAUAAUGUUAUUAAAACUGGACAGAAACUGUUGUUUUAUGGUUUGUUUAUUGUACCAAAGGAAAAGUAGCAUUCAAAAGUGGUUAUGCUUAGCUUUUAUCAUGAAGAAAUCCUGAUUAGAAAGUAGUGAUAGAUAAGCUUAGGUGAGAAAAUUUAUUUUAAUAGCACCGAGUUAGCAUUAUUGAUCUAUCAUUUCAUGAGACCUAUAUCUUUAGGAAUUGUGCUGAUCUAUUCUAACAAUAGUGAAUGUGAACAAAGAGUAGGUAGUGAAAGCUUAUCCUACAUUGUGCCGGCAUAUAAUAAUACCAUGUGCAUGAAUAUAAAUGAACACAAGGAUUAAAGUUUUGAUGUUAGAAACAGGCUGUGAUGAUUAGUUUUCUUUCUUAUUUUUGGCAUGAUAUUAAACGUAGUUUUAUGCAAUGAAAUAAUUAUUAUAAUGUUUAGUUACAGCAUCUGAAAUAAAUAUUCAUUUAUUCAUUUAGCAAACAUUUGCUGAGCAUUUAGCAUUUACCAGACACUGCCAGGAUCAGGAAAUAGAGAAGUGAGAGAGGACAGUCUGUCUUCAAAUGCUAAUCUGAAGACAAAACCAGUGAUCGUAGUGUAGUGUGUUAAGUGCUAUAAAGUUCUCAGAAGAGGCUGUGGAAAGGAAUACAAUUUUGAGAGCAGGUUGUCAGUAGAACUGAAUAUUUAAGACUCAGUGUUAGGCAGGUAGACAGCGGGAGUUCAGUUAGGCCAAGAGUCCCACAUAUACUUUUCUUGAGUUCUUCUGUUAUUAUUUAUUUUAUAAUUGAAAUGAAUGUUCACUUUCAAUUUUAUUCACUGAAAGUGGAAGUAGGGGUUAUAGGCUCUCAAAAUUAGAUUUCCAGGGUUUCCAGGACAGCUUUGUUAAGUAGCUCUCUGAGCACCUACACGGAUAAGCAGUUGCAAGUUUGCAGAAAUCAAAUAUGACCACCUUCAGAAAAGGAAUUUUCUGCAUGUACAACAUGUUGUACUAUGUGAGUUUGCAAUGGUAUAAUUGACAGUAUGAUGAUAACAACAUGUAAGGUAUUUAAGGAAUUCUAAAAUGCCUUAUGGACUCUUCAAAAAUAUGAUUAGCCAACUGAUUUAAUUUAUAUAUGUUUAUACCCUCUCAUAGUUGUUUUCCUUCUUUGUUGGAAAACCAUUGAUCCUCAUAUUCUUAGCAGCAUUUGUCUUUUACUUGUAAAAAUAAGGUUACUACAGUUAAAAUUCACUGAGCCUUUUCAGUAAAGUAUUUGAUAA